AUGGCCAUUUUGAAGAAGCAGAUUGUGGUGCUGCCACUGCUCGCUUUUCUCCUCUUGAACGCGUCUUCCCCGGCGGCGGCGUUGUCUCCGGCCGGAGCCACCUGGUACGGCGCCCCCGACGGCCCGGGAAGCACUGGCGGCGCGUGUGGAUACGCUGACGGCGUCGUUAAAGCUCCGCUGUCGUCCAUGAUAACGGCCGGCGGCCCUUCGCUGUUCAAGGGCGGCAGAGGGUGCGGCGCGUGCUACCAAGUCCUGUGCAACUCCAACGCCGCCUGCUCCGGCACACCGGUGACUGUCGUGGUCACGGACCAGUGCCCCGGCGGGAUUUGUGUGACCGACCCCGUCCAUUUUGACCUCAGCGGCGCCGCCUUCGGGGCCAUGGCAAAACCCGGCCAAGCUGACCUGCUGCGGAAUGCCGGAAGACUGGCAGUCGAAUACACAAGAGUACCGUGCAAUUACCAGGGCUUCAACGUGGCUUUCAGGGUGGAUGCCGGGUCGAACGUCGACUACCUCGCCGUCGUCAUCGAGAACGUGAACGGGGAUGGAGAACUCGCGGCGGUGGAGUUGAUGGAGGGAUCGUCGGGGACGUGGACGGCGAUGCAACCGUCUUGGGGAGCACAGUGGAAGUUGAAUGCCGGGCGGGCGUUACAGCCGCCAUUCUCUUUCCAGCUGACAUCGGGGGAGUCGAAGAAGAUUCUUGUCGCCCAAAAUGUCAUUCCCGUCGGUUGGACGCCGGGGAGCACUUAUAAUUCCAUGGUCAACUACUAG